AGGGCUUAAAACUUGAAAUCGUAUGGGAAAUCUGAUUUUAAAGCUUCCCUUAAAUUUAACAGGCGGGCAAGAAAACGGCCCUUUAACCUUAAUAUUCACCUAAAUUUUGAUUACGUAGUAUAAGGUCAGCCACUUACCAAAAAAAAAAACAACAACACUAUCAAGCAUCCGGAAUUUGUUCAACCUCAGGAAACCUCAGCGAUUACUCUUAUCAGAAUUUUACAGUUUCUUUGUUUCAAAACACGCAGAUUAAUUUCAGUUGGUCUUGAAAGAUCUCUUCGAGUGGUGGUCAUACACUUUCGAAAUGCUGAAGCAUGUUUUUUUUUCUGUGUCGGUCCUUAUUAUCCUGAAUGUGCCAGGACUCGCGGCGAGUUCGCAGGAUCUGAUGGAUCUGAAUCCCGAGACCAAUUCCACACUGCAAAGCAUCCACGGCGAACAGCAGUCCAUCCAAAUGAAACUCCUGGCAGUUCAGUCGACGGUGGAGGCCCAAAGAAUCACAAUGCUGAAUUCUUUGAAGAACAUCAUAACCAACGAAGACCUCGGGGCGAAACUCAACGAGACUGAGAGACAAUUGAAGAACCUUCUUCACCUGCUGGAAACCAAGCUGGAUGCCCUUUUGGAAUCGAAAGAGAACUUCGAAAAGAGAUUCAACGAUACGGAAGCUCAAUUACAGACGGUACUCAGUAUGGUGCCCAAAAAAGAAUCCAAUCCUCUGGAAGCCCCGUCGACGAACUACUCAAAACACAUCCCACUGCAGUACGAGAAAAUAGGCACAAGGUAUUUCUAUAUUGAGAAGAAUCUUACGAAAAAUUGGUUCGAGGCCGCAGCAACUUGUCACCAGAUGGGCGGCUAUUUAGCGGGCAUUAAAACCCUAAAGGAAUUGUUUGCCAUCCAAUUGGAACUUGAAGAUAAUACUUGGUACUGGCUUGGUAUCAACGAUCUGAUGACCGCAGGGCAAUUCUUAUCAGUAGCCUCUGGAAAGCCAGCAAACACUUUGAAUUGGUACUCACAACAUCCCAAAAACGACAGAAAAUGCGUUCAACUAAGAAACGGAUUAAUGAUUGAUUAUAGCUGUACAGAUAAUAUUAAUUUUAUUUGUCAGGCUGACAGCGAAACAUAAAUAAACAAAAAUUAUAGUAUAAUAUGAGUUUAUUAUACUUAUAAUGACAA